GAGCCGGGCCGCGAAGCUCCGGCGGCGCUGCUGAGGCGCGCACCGUCCAGCGCUCUGCGGUGCCCGCUGCGGCGCCGAGUCCGACCGGGGCGGGGGCCGCGGCCCCUCGGGCUAGCGAGGAUGAGCUUCCUCUUCAGCAGCCGCUCUUCGAAAACAUUCAAACCAAAGAAGAAUAUUCCUGAAGGGUCCCAUCAGUAUGAACUCUUAAAGCAUGCAGAAGCGACUCUAGGAAGUGGCAAUCUGAGGCAAGCUGUCAUGUUGCCAGAGGGAGAGGACCUCAAUGAAUGGAUUGCUGUUAAUACUGUGGAUUUCUUCAAUCAGAUCAACAUGUUGUAUGGAACCAUUACAGAGUUCUGCACUGAGGCAAGCUGCGCAGUCAUGUCUGCAGGUCCCAGGUAUGAAUACCAUUGGGCAGAUGGCACUAAUAUUAAAAAGCCAAUCAAAUGUUCUGCACCAAAAUACAUUGACUAUUUGAUGACUUGGGUUCAGGAUCAGCUUGAUGAUGAAACUCUUUUUCCUUCUAAGAUCGGUGUCCCGUUUCCCAAAAACUUUAUGUCUGUGGCAAAGACUAUUCUGAAGCGUCUCUUCAGGGUUUAUGCCCAUAUUUACCACCAGCACUUUGACUCCGUGAUGCAGCUGCAAGAGGAGGCCCACCUCAACACCUCCUUUAAGCACUUUAUUUUCUUUGUUCAGGAGUUUAAUCUGAUUGAUAGGCGUGAGUUGGCACCACUUCAGGAAUUAAUUGAGAAGCUUGGAUCUAAAGACAGAUAAAUGUUUCUUCUAGAACAGUUACCCUCUUGCUCUAUCUACUGCUAGCACUCUCUCAUUGCCAUCUGGUAUGGACUAGUGAUACUGACUAUAAGAAAACAGGAUCAAAAGACCCAUUGUGUCUGCAAAGAAAAUGGUUCCAAAGGUAGGCUGGCCGGAUAGCUUCAGAACAAUCGUGUCUCAGCCAGAUCAGAGGUGCUGCGUGGCCGCCCUGUUACUGUUAGAGUCCUUCUUUGUUUUAACCUCACAACUAACCUGGAGUUCGCUGCUCAGCUUUGUUCAAGAAAGUGUUUUUUGUUUUUUGUUUUUUUUUUCUGUGUGACAACAUAAUGGACAUUAGGAAUUUUCAGCAGCAAUUUAUUAGUAAGUUUCUAGAACAAAAUUUUUUUUAACACAGAUCAGUUUGCUUUGUUUUAUAAAUUGAAGUGGUGUUCCGUUUUUAAAUUCCACUAUUUAGAGCUUCUUUUUCACUUUGGAUAGCCUUUUAGUUGCCAUCUGUAUGCUGAUGUUCUAUAGGCAAGAGUGGGUCUUUUUAGCCAGGCGUGAUGGUGCGUGCCUGUUACUGACACUGUGGAAGAAGAGGCUGGCCUGGGUUACAUGUGAAACUGUGCUGAAAUCCACAAGGCAUAGGCACAUGUGAACUGAGAUUAACCAAAGUUAUUUGAAGUGACUUUACUUUUUGAACUUGUUUGGGAUUGUCUUCAUGUCUGUCUAGAUGAGGAGAGCUCACAACAGACACACUCUGUGUGUCUUCUGACGUCAGCCUUGCAGGCUCUCAUUUGAAACUCUUCACUCAGAUUAACUUCAUAGGUAGCUUAUGGCAGAGAUCAAGAAAACUUCCAGAAAACUGUGACAGACUUCAGCCUCGAAGCUACUGUUUUCAUUAAGUUCUGGAGGGGACAAUAGAAAAAAGUAUUCAGAGUACUUGAUUUCCUAAAUGAGCCCAUGUUUAUAUCGCAACUUGAAACUUACAUUUGUGUGUAGAAAUGCACAGACUUUAUGGCAAUAAGGACAAAAGUCAAAACCAUAGAACAGUUUGAGGGUGUGUGUGACUGCAGAAGGUCUCCGUGCUGCCUGUUAGAGGGAGAGCUGGAGACCACGCAGUAAGGAGAUUGAGUUGACAACAGCCUGGCUUCACUUUUACUACACAAAGGCUGCACUGCGCUCUCAGGCUUCUGUCCUACUUGUCUUUGUAUCAAAACUUGAAAAUUUCCUCAUCCUGUCAGGAUAAAAGACUCCUUUAUUAAGAGGUGCCUGCUUUUCAUUUGGUCUCAGAUGUAGUCCUGGCUGCUUCUUCAGAUAUAUAUAUGAUGUCCGAAGUGUCCUGAGCCCGUGCCCCACGGGCAGUGCUGGAAUUUAUCAGCAUUCUCUGUGUCAGAGCUGGGCUGCACAGCACUCACUGUCCUACAGCUUUGUGAAAGUUAGAGUUGAUGGGUUUUUGUUAUUUGAAUUCACUAGACUCAAAUAAUUGCUUAGAAGCUCACGUUUUCAGUAUGUUCUGAAGUAUGCUUAGAAGUUUAAAGGAAUUGUUUUGUUUAUUUUGGCUGCAACCAUACACCACCAUUAGAGCAAUUCAAGUUGGGAUAAUGGUUUAGGGAAAAAAGGACAGCUUGGAAACACCCCACAACCCAGGUGUAUGCAAAGGUCCAGAUGUCAGCUGUUCUGUAAGUAUAUGACAGCCAUCUGCAGACAGGAAGCAGGCUUCUCGCCACCGAGAAUGCAUCAUCUCAAACACAGGCCCCGUUCACUUUGAUUUGCUUAGGUCCCAAAGGCAUGAAGUUUUGUUUCUCAACCAGGGCUUAAUCAUUUUUAUAUCUGGCACCCUCAAAUCCAAGGUUUCUCUUUUCUCUGCAUGUAUUUCAGGAUAGAAAUGCCCACUCCAUGACUGAGCUCCAGAUACAGAGGCAGCUCAUUAGUCGGACAUAAAGCAAACCUUGUUGCUGGUUUGAAACUCAAGAGUGCCUCUCUUCUUUGUUGUGUUCCCACUCCCCUUUUUUCCUUCUGCCGUUUUAAAUGAAAAGCGUGUCAGACUCCCAAACCAACCUGCCUUAACCAGCAGUGUGCCCACAUUGCACUGUUUGCUCGUCUCUGAGGCAGGAACAUGGGAGGAAGACGGUGUCUUUCUGCCGUGGCUAGAGAGCCCUUUUAUAGCAUCUGAAGAAAUCAGUCUGUCCUGGCUUUAGCUGCCUUCUUCACAGCUCUCCUGCUCCCCUCAGCAGAGGGCAGCUGUCCUGUCUGUUUUUGCUCAUUGCUGUGGCUUCUGAGGGUCCGUUGAAUUCUGCCUUAGCCCUCUGGUGCUUUAACUUCUAGGACUUUUAAAAACUUGGACAGUGGGGUCUGGAGAGAUGGCUCAGUGAUUAAGAGCUUUGGCUACUCUUCCAAAGCAUCUGGUUCAAUUUUCACCAUCCACAUGACAGUUCACAGAUGUUUAUAACUCAAGUUCCAGUGGAUCGGACACCCUCACACAGACAUGCAUGCAGGACAAACACCAGUGCACAUUAAAUUAAAAAAAGAAAACUUGGACAAUGAUAGACAGAUUUAAAAAAAAAUCAUUCUUGUACGGUUUUUGUGCCGACAGGUACUAUACUGUACUCUGCUGCCUGAAUAAAGUGACUUACCAGGAGCCAGUUAGCCAGGGUUUCUUGGAUCCUAGGCUUGCAGAGCUCUAGUUCCCAUGGCUGCUCACUGGAGAGCUGCAUAUCUGUGUUCCCCAUGACUCGGAGCAAAGGCUCAGCACAGUCCUGGUACUGAGGUUUCCUGUUUGUACUCUUGGCUUCUCUCUGAGCCCCAAGAUAAUACUACAAGUGGAGCUUCUCAGACAUGACGUCAUUACCUCAGAAUCAUAAACAAAUCAGGCCUGAAGAGCGUAGGCCCUACAAGUGUGUUUCCAGUCAUGGUGCCCGGGCUCCUCUGCUCUCUAUGGGAGCAUCCCCUAUCAGUGUGGAGCCCUGGCCUGAACAGUGCCAGCCUGGACAUGAGCUGCUGAGCACUUUCGGUAGUCAUGUUCUUUUCACCUGCGGUCAGUAAGAGUUCUGGCAAAAAAGGUAACAGUAGUCUUUUGGUCUUCCUGAUUUUACACAUUCAAUUUUGAUGCUUGGCUCUGAAGGGCUCUGGAGCACACGUGGCAGUAGUGAUUUUACUGAAGCAACCACAUUGAAAUUCACAUGGGUUUUCUCAAACAAGCAUUCUGUGAAGCUGUUCUGGAUAGCCAUUGUGCUGUGGUCUGAUUAUAGAACGGCAUUCUGUGUUGGUCUGCAUCAAAAAUAGUUUGCAUAAGGUAGUCUUGGUUACCAUCUAAAAUAACUUAAAAUAUUCCUCACAUAAAAAUUUAUGUUGUAUUUUUAAACCUUUAGGGCUUUAUCUAUUUUUCUAAGUCGUUAACUGUACUUUUUAAAAAAGUAUUUUGUAUCUACUUUUGUAACUUCAUCAGAAUAAACUAUAUUGAAAGCAAAAA